CCGACGCUCCCAUCUCGAAGGGAGGAGAUGUGGAUGUGGAGCGGGCUGCUGAGUUACCCAGCCGGGCUGGCACCGUGGACAACCGGCAGCGACCCGGCCACUGGUCGACAGUGAGGCGGAGGCCUUCCGCGCUCCUUUUCUCCCUGGCCUUGGUGGACCAUGACACGGGUUUCUCUGCGGUGUCCCUAAAAAGUCUGGACAGGGGGACUGAGGUCUUCACCGAGGUCUCCCCGACCCCGACCCCUUCAUUCCCCACCCAUUUGAACCCUAGACAUUCCCCAAAAUGAUGUGCGAGGUGAUGCCCACCAUCUCCGAGGAUGGGCGUGGCGGUGGCGGGUCUUCCUCACCGGCCGGAACCAGCUCCGGCCUCGGCGGAGGUAUGGGUGGUGGCAUGGGAGGCUACGGUAGCCGAGACCCCCGCGGCGGCGGAGACGAAGGGGGCAGCACGGGCAACCUGGAGUCACUGAUGGUCAACAUGCUGACCGAACGCGAGAGGCUGCUGGAGAGUCUGAGGGAAACUCAGGACAGCUUAGGGACGGCCCACCUGCGGCUACGAGAGCUCGGACACGAGAAGGAGUCUCUGCAGAGGCAGCUGUCCAUCGCGCUGCCGCAGGAGUUUGCAGUGCUGACCAAGGAGCUCAACCUAUGUCGGGAGCAGCUUCUGGAGCGAGAAGAAGAGAUCGCAGAGCUCAAGGCAGAGCGCAACAACACAAGACUGCUUCUGGAGCACCUGGAAUGUCUGGUGUCACGUCAUGAGCGAAGCCUGAGGAUGACUGUGGUGAAGCGUCAGGCGCAAUCGCCGGCAGGCGUCUCCAGCGAGGUGGAGGUCCUCAAAGCGCUCAAGUCGCUCUUCGAGCACCACAAGGCUCUGGAUGAGAAGGUCCGCGAAAGGCUGCGCGUGGCCCUGGAGCGAGUGGCAGCUCUGGAGGACGAGCUGCAGACGUCCUCGCAGGAAGUGGUCUCUCUGCGUGAGCAAAUCAAGCGACGGCAGCAGGGACUUGACAAAGAGCGUCUUCCCAAUGGGCCGUCAUCCAUCUUGGAUGAUGGCGAGGUGGACCGACAGCGCGAAGGCGAGAUCGAACGUCAACGAUCAGAGUUGGGCCAGCUGAAGGAGAGAUUGGCGCUCAUGUGCAGACAGGUUGGCGAGAUCGAGGAGCAGCUGACGUCUGCCAGGAGAGAACUGACGCGAUCGGAAGAAGCCAAUCACAAAUUGCAACGGGAUGUCAAGGAGGCUCUGUGUCAGAGAGAAGACAUGGAGGAAAGAAUCACCACACUGGAGCGGCGGUACUUGAGUGCCCAGCGGGAGGCGACGUCUCUCCACGACAUCAAAGACAAGCUAGAGAACGAACUGGCCAGCAAAGAGUCGCUGCACAGACAGAGCGAGGAAAAGAACCGACAACUGCAGGAGCGCCUGGAAGACUCCAAGCAGAAGUUGCAGCAGACCCUGCAGAGGGCCGAGACGCUGCCCGAGAUCGAAGCGCAGCUUGCGCAGAGGGUGGCUGCACUCAACAAGGCCGAGGAGCGCCACGGCAACUUUGAGGAGCGCCUGCGCCAGAUGGAGGCGCAGUUGGAGGAGAAGAACCAGGAGCUACAGCGGGCCAGGCAGCGCGAGCGGAUGAACGAUGAACACAACAAGCGUCUCUCAGACACAGUGGACAAGCUGCUUUCCGAGUCCAAUGAGAGGUUGCAGCUGCACCUUAAAGAGAGGAUGGCCGCUCUGGAGGAGAAGAACGCUCUCACGGAAGAGCUUUCCAACAUGAAGAAGAUUCAGGAUGACCUUCUGGCAAACAAGGACCAGCUAAUCGCAGAGCUGGAGCGGAUUCAGCUAGAACUGGAUCAGCUGAGAGCCAGGCCUGGAGGGUCUUACUCCAGUCGAUCUCUACCCGGCAGCGCUCUGGAGCUGCGGUACUCCCACGGGGGCGGCUCCCUCCCCAUGGGCUCCACCACUCACCUGGACACCUUUGGGAAUGCCUCUCUGGGCGGCAGGCGAGGCCACCGGGCCCGAUGGAGCUCGGCAAGGGAGGACUCCACCAAGUACACAGAUUGGGAGACAGGGGCGCUGUUGGGGUCCGGCUACGAGCACGGCGUAGAUGUAGGCUGCUCGGACGACGAGGACGACGGAGACCAUCGCUUCGGGUCUGAGCUGCUGUCGCCCAGCGGGCAGACGGAUGUACAGACGCUGGCCAUCAUGCUGCAGGAACAGCUGGAGGCCAUCAACAAGGAGAUCAAACUGAUCCAGGAGGAGAAGGAAAACACAGAGCUGCGUGCCGAGGAGAUCGAAAGCCGAGUCAGCAGCGUGGCCUUGGACAGUCCGCCCAUUCCGCCUUCUUCACUAGGGAGGGAUGGUGCUGGGCGAGGAUUCAUCCCGUCCUCCAUUACCUCCUCCACCCUGGCCUCACCAUCUCCGCCCAGCUCGGGGCACUCCACCCCACGCCUGCCUCACUCUCCGGCGCGUGAGAACGACCGACAGAACAACAAAGAUGAUGAGCGCUCCCUGGCUCUGUUGGACUCUACGCCACCGCCCACGCCGCGGGCUUUGCGCCUAGACAGGAUGACCCUCACUCACCCAGGCGCCCUGUUGGACGACCCCCGCGAGUUCCGGAGCUUGUCAGCAGAUGGUAGCAGCUCCAAUAGCAGCCAGGACUCCUUGCACAAGUCCAGCAAGAAGAAGAGCAUCAAGUCUUCCAUCGGGCGACUCUUUGGGAAGAAGGAGAAAGGUAGAAUGGGACAAGCAGGACGAGAUUGCUCGGGCUCGCUUGCAUCAACGCCAUCGGAAGAUUUGGCCUCCGGGGACCCCAUCGGCAUAAACAAGACGGGGACUUUGGGCCCGGCUGACAAGGACCGCCGCAGCAAGAAGAAGCACGAGUUGUUAGAAGAAGCAUGUCGCCAGGGUUUGCCUUUCGCGUCCUGGGACGGUCCCACAGUUGUGUCUUGGCUGGAGCUCUGGGUGGGCAUGCCCGCCUGGUACGUGGCGGCCUGCCGGGCCAAUGUGAAGAGCGGCGCCAUCAUGGCUAACCUGUCGGACACGGAGAUCCAGCGCGAGAUCGGCAUCAGCAACCCGCUGCACCGCCUCAAGCUCAGGCUCGCCAUCCAGGAGAUGGUGUCCCUCACCAGCCCGUCAGCACCCGCCAGCACUCGCUCGUCGACAAGCAAUGUUUGGAUGACCCAUGCCGAAAUGGAGUCCUUGAAUGCUGCAACCAAGCCGCCGGAGCUGAAGGAGUUCAGUUGGGAUCAGAUUCUGGCGUACGGCGACAUGAAUCACGAGUGGGUGGGCAACGAUUGGCUACCUAGCCUGGGCCUGCCGCAGUACCGCAGCUACUUCAUGGAGUCGCUGGUGGACGCCCGCAUGCUAGACCACCUCACUAAGAAGGAACUGAGAGGCCAGCUCAAAAUGGUGGACAGUUUCCACCGGGUAAGUUUGCAUUACGGCAUCAUGUGCCUGAAGCGCCUCAACUACGACCGCAAAGAGUUGGAGAGACGGCGGGAGGACAGCGCGCACCACAAUAAAGACGUGAUGGUGUGGUCCAACGAGCGAGUGAUGAGCUGGGUGCAGACGGUGGGCCUGAAGGAGUAUGCCGACAACCUUCGCGAGAGCGGCGUGCACGGCGCGCUGCUGGCACUGGACGACACCUUCGACUACACCGACUUGGCGCUGCUGCUGCAGAUUCCCAAUCAGAACACGCAGGCCCGACAGCUCCUUGAACAGGAGUAUAACUCUCUCAUCUCCGUGGGAACCGAGAGACGGCCUGAUGAAGAUGGCACAAAGACGUUUACGCGUUCUCCGUCAUGGCGCAAGAUGUUCCGCGAGAAGGACCUGCGCGGCGUCACCUCGGAUUCGGCCGAAACGCUGCCAGCCAACUUCCGUGCCUCGGCCAUCGCCACGCCCUCCGUCACCCUCAGGAAGGUGCAGAGCGACGCCAGCUCCAGUGCCCGGGGUGAAGCCGCCUCCGUGAGGACGUACUCGUGUUGAGGGGCGCGGCCAAGAGAGCGCCGAUCACACUGGGACCCACUGAAGGACUCUGAAAAGAAGAAGAAAGCCUCCCACACAAUACACUCAACUUCAGGCUAGUUUUGAUGAGCGUUCUGCAAUAACACAAUUUGGACUAAGGUGACCUGAUUAUUCCUCGAUGUUUUUUUUUCCCCCGAGAAGGAAGUCCGAGUUGUCUCUCAACGGCCCCUUUUAGUUGUGCAAAGUAAGUCACGACACCAUUGUUACGGUCAACGAUUGUUGUUGAACGUCCCAAUUUGAUGUGGGCACUAAAACAUGUAGAGCAUCAAGCAACACACCACAUCACAACCUCGCCGGUCUUCUUCGUCCUUUUGUCUCCUGCACCUUGAAAGCCGAUCCCACUUCCUUUGAAAGCAUCCCAUAAUAAAGGACUUGAAAGGUGCCCACGGUGGGGGUGGGAGGCAGUCACACAGGAAUCGUUUUCGACCAUUUUUCACGCUUUCACACAGCAAGCCCAGAAGUAAACCUUGUCUCUGGGUUCUGCGUGAAUGGUACUGGAAUGAAGUAUUGUGUUUAUGUCAAAGGGUUGGGGGUAGGGGGCCUGUGCCCUUAGUAAACCCUCCGAGAUCCGUCACACCUGAUUCUCACGGAUCUGUAUGAAAGAAUCCUAGUCUAAUUGAGACAUUUUGGACCAUUUGAAGUGUCCAAAUUUGCCAGAACAUUUUUCAUUCACUUUGUUCAUUUUUUUAGUCCCAGACGGCCACUUAUGUCCAAUUCCUUUAAAUUGGGAGGGCCGGAAGUGAUCGUUUGUCAAUUUUUUCCCCCUGUAAGAUAAAAAUGGUAAUCUCCCUUUAUUAUUGUCAAAAAAAGUUGAUGGGAUUUCUCUUUUCCAGAAACUUUGUUGAAACAAAAACAAACUUUCUUUUGCUAAGAAUUCUCAUUCCACUUUUCUGCCCAGAGAAACUUUUUCAAAUUUUUUUUUUUUUUUGUCUCAACACCUUUUUGGCCAGGUUUAUUGUCACCAAAAAAAAAAAAAAAAUUCUGGUGACUUUUUGGGUGAAAUUAAAAAAAAAAUCCUAAUUCUUCGUUGAAUAAAAAAAUCCCUCCGUCAAAUAUUGAUAGAUUAACAUUUCAAAAAAUCUGAGUAUCUUGUCAAAUGAAACAACAACGUUUUAGUACCGCUGAUUGCAACAAAGGUCCAAAUACUGUGAGGAAAAUAAGUAUUUGAACACCCUGUGAUUUUGCAAGGUCUCCCACUUAGAAAUGAUGGGCGGGUUGGAAAUUUUCAUGGUAGGUGCUUGUCCACUGUGAGAGACAAUCUAAAAAAAAUCCAGAAAUCACAGUGUAUGAUUGAGUGUAUGAUAACCACUCCUUGGUUAUUCUGGCUGUCUGCUUCAGGCCAUCGUCAUGUUGGAAAACCCAGUCACGUCCAAUUUUCAAUGCUCUAGUUGAGGGAAGGAGGUUAUUCCCCAAAAUCUCACAACACAUGGCCCUGGCCAUCCUCUCCUUAAUACAGUGCAGUUGUCCAGUCCCGUGUGCAGAAAAACAAACCCAAAGCAUGAUUCUACCACCACCAUGCGUCACAGUAGGGAUGGUGUUCUUGGGAUGGUACUCAUUAUUAUUCUUCCUCCAAACAUUAGAAGUGGAAUUAAGACCAAAAAGUUCCAUUUUGAUUUCAUAUGGCCACAUGAUUUUUUUCCCCAUGACUCCUCUGGAUCAUCCAAAUGGUCAUUGGCAAACUUUAAACACAAGCUGGUUUAAGCAGGAGAACAUUCUGUGCCAUGCAUGAUUUUAAACCACGACAUCUUAGUGUAUUACCAACGAAGCCUGUCGCAAUACCCAAUAAUUCCAUUUAUCGCACGAUAAAUAAAAAUGAAGGCGGUAAUUUUUCCACUGCGAUUUAUCGCCUCGCGUGCACGUGUGUGCGCGCGUGCGGCAGACGUGCUGUUAAAAGUUCGGAUUCCUUGUUACCAACUGCGCAAAAUGCAUCUUCGUUCCAGGUCCGGCAAAAAAUAGCACCGGAGCCAAUCGUUCCCAUUAUAUCCUAUUGUUCAAAGUAUACCGGCCGCGUCAGUGCUCUGGAAUGACUGUGGACCAUCUCCGGCGUGCCGGUGUUGUUGACAUGUGGGCGCUCCCGUCAGGGGUGACAUUUCACGCGGGGCAGCCAUUUUUCGGCACAACACCGGAUAUUUACAACGAAGUCCGGCAAAACAUUGUUACCGACUUGGCUACUACGAACAACCACGCUUUGACAACGGACAUGAUGAACAUUGAGUGGCAAGUUAAGGGCGCUGUGCUUCAAACUCGUCCUGUUAAUGAAAGUCGAUUGUCAUAUGCUGGUGUUGAGCAGACGUGACUUCAGCAGCGUUUGCUAACUUUUUUUAAUGCGCGCACACACUAGAUAUCAUGAAAUAGAAAACUAGAUGUACUGUGUCCCAUGCCAUUGGCUACGUGAGCUCAGAGUGAUUAUGGGACACGUAGUCCAUAUACUACAUCGAUGAAUUAUAAAUUGCCAUGACUGAAUGGAAGUUAAGAAGGCCAAAUCAAUCCAUACCAGUGACUAUAGAUCAGACAUGUCCAAAGUCCGGCCCGGGGGCCAAAUGCGGCCCGUGGUCAAAUUUCAUCCGGCCCCUAGCCUCUGUCAUAAAAUCAAUAACGUUUGGCCCGCACACAGACUUAAUAAAUUGGUCAACAGUACUGCUACCAGCAUAUGAAGUAGCUUACACACUAAAUGCUGCUCCUCAUUUACCUAGUAAAAGGCAGUAGUACUCUAAACAACAUUACCCCGUGUGACCCUUUACUUCCAAUUUUCUAAAAUGGCGACAAUCAACAAAAAAAAAAAAAAAAGUUGACUGCGACGGCCACGCUUCAAGGAUAGGUGGAAAUUGGAUUAUUUCUUCACUAAAAUACGCAACUGUGUCUGUCUCAUUUGCAAAGAGACAGUCACUCUUUUUAAAGAGUUCAAUGUGGGGCGAUGUUACCAAACAAGACACGCUGACAUGUACGAAAAGAUUACAGGGAACAUAUGCAGCGAGAAAUUGAAGCACCUUGAAGCUAGUUUAAUUUCACAGCAGCAGUAUUUCGCAAGAGCCAGAGAGUCGAAAGAGAACGCCACAAAGGCUAGUUGUGAGAUUGUUGAAAUUAUUAAUUUAAAAAACUACUAAAGCAAAUGUGACACACAGAAGGGCUUGCUAAAAUUUGCUUAAAUAUAUUGUUCUACGUAAAGGACGUCAGCCAAGGUCGGCCCCCCACAUUUUUACCACACCAAAUCUGGCCCCCUUUGCAAAAAGUUUGGACACCCCUGCUAUAGAUAAUGCUGCAAAUAUUGUUAAUUCAGUACGUGACACAGAUGGAUUCGGAAAUAGGAUGUCUUGCUCAUAAUAAUAAUAAUAAUAAUACAUUUUAUUCUUCAGAUCAGUAAAAAGUAAGCACAUAAAUAUUAUGCACUGAAAUGCGUGCUUAUAUGAUGGCAAUGUAAUUUUUGCUCGUUAGCAAAAAAAAAAAAAAAAAAAAAACGAAACAAAAAAAUACAAUUGUUGUUUUCUUUUCAGAGCAUUAAAUGUAUUGAAUCGAAUCGAAUAUCGUGUCCCCCGUACCGAAAAUCAUACCGAACCGUGACUUACGGUAACUGUAUCGUUGCAUCCGUAUGGAACACCAUAGCAGAAGCUGAGAGGGGAAAAGUUUUCAUUGGCCUAAAUGCUUAAGUUAUUAAGUGCAAUUUUAUUUAUUUUUCUUGAAAAACACAUUCUUUCUAUGCGGUAUUAAUAUUGUUGUCUUUUACUUUAGAGGCAUGGUCUAUUGUUUUUAGUUGUGAUUUCUUAAAAGUAUUUUUGAAUUUAAGAGUAAAUAUUUAUUGCGUUUAAAUGGGUGUACUUGAUCUAUUAAUAUAUACUGUAUUCUCACUGUGUUAUUGUAAAUUGUUUUUUUAAAAAAUUGGGGAGGGGUGCAAUAAUAUCGCAUAUCGCAAUAAUUUAUGAGAUAAAUUAUCGCACACUAAAAUUUGUUAUUGCGACAGGCCUAUUACCAACAGUAACCUUGGAAACGGUGGUCCCAGUUCCUUUCAGGUCAUUGACCAGCUCCUCCUUUGUAGUUCAUUGCUGAUUCCUCACAAUUCUUAGGAUCACUGAGACCCUACAAGGUAAAUCUUGCAUGGAGCCCCAGUCCGGGGGAGAUUGACAGCGAUGUUUAGCUUCUUCCAUUUUCAAAUAAUUGCUCCAACGGUGGCUCUUAUAUUACCAAGCUGCUUGGCAAUUGCCUCGUAACUCUUUCCAGCUUUGUAGAGGUCUACAGUUCUGUCUCUGGUGUCUUUGGGCAAACAUUUUUAAAGAUUGUCUUCACAGUGGACAAGCCUGCCUUGAAAAUUUCAAACCCGCCCAUCAUCUCGAUGUGGGAGAACUUGCAAAAUUUCAGGGUGUUUAAAUACUUAUUUUCCUCACUGUAAAUCGGACAUCAAUUCCCGUUAAUAGUAGCUAAUGAGUCAAAAUCAACUCGUUGUUUUUGUACGUACAGGAAGCUGUUGUUGGUGGCCCUUGGGCCCAAAAACGUGACUGUGAAAAAUGAGUGACGGGAGGGGCCGAGGAGAGACAAAAACAGAUGAACAAUAGAAAACGGCAGCCCAUUUUACCCACGCAAGCCAUAACACAACUCUCUGGAAAAAGGGGGCGAGUAAGUCCAAGAAACAAAACCUUUAGCCUCCGUGUUUACGAUGCAUGUCUUAAAAAAGAAAACAAAAGAAAAAAGACAGAUCUUUUGUUUUUUUUUCUCCUUAAAGGUGAAGAUGACAAAUUGUGCUUCGAAAUGAAAAACAACAAAAGAUAAAAAACAACAUAUAUGUAAGAUACAUCUCAAGGGGGGUGGGGAGCCUGCGCGAGGGGGGAGUCAAUUUAUAAAACGUGAAAUUUUUUUCAGUUGUAUUUUUGAUUUUUUUACAAGUAUUUAUUUUGCUUUAAGGUAUGUAUUGGAUAAAUGUAUGUAUUGUACAUGUCCGUCCUUGUUCUUUCUCAUUAACUCGCAUUGAUUUUGAAGCUGGGCCGAACGGUCGCUGGUCCCGCCGAAAGGCGAGCGUAGAGCUCGCUAGCGCUGCUGUUACGUGUCUGUUCUGACGACCGGUCGUGCAAUGAUUGAAGAUUUCCAUGAGUAAAAAGUGAUCGUAAUACGAAACUCAAGAUAUCCUGUAUGGAAAAUUAACUAAUAUGAUUAAAAUGGUGAUGUAAAAACAAAUAAAGCAAUCCGUAAGGAUCUGCUCCUCAUUAAAAAAAAAAAAACAAACAAAAAAAUGGGUGUCAAUCAUUACUAUGAUAGAAUGUAAGGAAAAGGUCUCAAGGAUCCACAGCUGGAAGUGUACAGAAAGUCAGACAAUUUAGGUGAAUUUUGUAAAAGUAGCUCUCCACUUCGUUUUCACCAAUUGGAUAUCGGUGGAUUUG